AUGGAUGGAGAUUAUAAUUUACAGGUUCGACGUAAAAACUGUCGUCUAUUAAUUUUUGAUUCUGAGGAUUCAGGCACACUUGAUCCUAUAAUCGGCUAUGCUCAAGAGCCACUUGUUACACUACUUGAAGCAUGCCAACCAUUAGUUACUAUUCUUCAUGAUAUAUUUGACUACGCUCGCGAUGCUCUGGAGCAUACUCCAGAUAAUCCACCCGAUUAUCUGAGUCGCGACGAAUCAGCUUCGAUUCGUCUCUACACCAAGGAAUGGAGGGAUGAACAAAAAAGCCUCUACAUCAUUCUUAAUGAAACGCUUAACCAAUCUGAUCGCGAAAAGUUACGACCGUGGUUCAAAUACCUGAAACUUUUUCUCACUGGCGUGGUCAAAAUACCGUGUGCACCUCAACAGACUAUCUGGCGAGGAGUGCGAAAAGAUGUUAGUAAUGAACAUCCACCAGGAACUACAGUGACAUGGUGGGGUUUCUCAUCGUGUACAAGAAAUAUAUCUGUGUUAAAGAGUAACGUUUACCUUGGUGAUGAAGGUACGAGAACCCUUUUCUCCAUCGAGGCCUUCAACGCCAGGGAUAUACAGGCUCAUUCUUACUUCAACCGUGAAGAAGAAGUUUUACUGCUACCGGGAACAUAUUUGGAAGUGCAAGAACAAUUAAAUCCGGCAUCUGAUUUGUAUAUUAUUCAUUUGAAACAGAUGAUACCGAAGCACAUGUUGCUUGAACUUCCAUCCGAAGGUAUGUUGAACAACUAA